GUCCGCAGAUCGCUAUUUGAGUCAGUUUGCAGACAUUCUGACUCAACUGCAAACGAUUUCCACACAACAGCAGGCAAUCAUCACCCGAGUGACAGCUGUGGAAGAGAAAGUGAACGGCAUGGAUGCAUUGAGGGAGAGAGUUUCCACCAUCGACACUAACCUCAGUGCCCACUCAUCAACUCUCACUUCACUCAAUUCCACCGUGAAUUCACGCUCGGCUGCAGUGGAUUUACGCAUUGCUGCCCUGGAAUCACAUGUCUCUAGACAGUUGUCUAGUACCAGUACUGAACGUCUGGAGGCGCCUACCUCACACAGCCGUGACUCUAUUCCCCAGUCCACUCCAUCACCACGCAGUGCAUCUUCUGCAACACCACCGAUGAUGUCAUCCAGCGCUUUCUCAGCUCAAACACCGGCUAGAGUGCCCAGACAAGAAACAGCCUCAGAUCAGUCUACCUUGCCCAGAAGCACGUUGUCACCAUCAGUAUCAGCAGCGCCAGCAGCAGCAGUAGUAGCUGAAUCUCCACCACGGAAGCGUGAUUACACACAGAUCCGCAAAUCAAGGUACUCAUUUGGUAGUGAGGGCAGUGGGAGAGAUCAGUUUAACAGACCUUGGGGACUAGCAUCCAACAAAGCUGGUGACCUGAUCAUCUGUGACUCCUUCAACCACAGAAUAAAGAUACAUGGUGUUGAUGGCCAGUUCAAGAAGAUGACUGGUCGGGAGGGUACAAACUGUGGAGAGUUCUGCUGCCCAACAACUGUGCAUGUAACAGAUGAUGAACGAGUGAUCAUUGCUGAUUCUAACAACCACCGACUACAGAUCACUGACAAGGACCUCUCCGAGCUCAGCACCAUAGGAAGGCAUGGAUCAGGAAUUGGCGAGUUCGACUGGCCAAGUGGUGUUGUCCAAGUGAACCACAGCGCACUGGGCCAGUGCUUUGCUGUGACAGAGUACCAUAACCAUCGGGUUCAGCCCGAAUAA